UGAACGUGUGAGAUAACCACACGUACAUUUGUUUGGGGGGGAGCACAAGGCACUCCUAUCCUAGUUGUAGCUCAGGUUAGAUGAUGCCUUUUCAAAUAACACAUUACGCGCAGCGUUGCUUAAUUGCAGGCUAACUGUUUGUGUGGGGUUUAUUGUACCUAGAGAGCAGUAGUCUGCACCUUUAAGCCUACAGAGUGCACCGAGUUCAUGUGUCCGUAAAGGCGCACGAUAUGACCGAAGACUGCUGACAGUCCGUUUGCCUCGCAGCCUACAGUUGGACGGUGUGCAUACAGUAACCUGGCUGGUCCCGACAAAAUGUCUGUGUCUUUAAAAAGAACUCUUUACUGACUGGUGCAUGAUGUCAGGCUGCAUGCAGUCCGUAUAGUGUUCAUGUGAACGGCGUUCACUUCCUGCAAAGGGACAGGAGCGGGGAGAGAGAAAGAGAGUGGGACAGAGAGAUGGGGGACGAGCGGUAAAGAUAGGACUAGAGUGAUAAAGUGAGCCAGCGGACGAGGGGAGACUCGGGCCUGCUUUUCUGACACCACGCAAACUUUACAGGUUAUCCGAAGAGAAACCCUGCCACAUCUGCGCCAGCUGACAGCCGCAGUUUAUGGAAUAGCGACAUAUCGGAUGCCUCUCUCACUGGCAGAGUCUGCAUUGAAUGUUUGAAACUCCAUCUUCCUCUUCCUCUGUGGCCAAUAUGUCCCAGCUGCUCCAUGUGGAGAUCCCAAACUUUGGAGCCACAGUUCUGGGCUCCCUUAAUGAGCAGCGCCUGCUGGGACACUACUGCGAUGUAUCCAUCUUGGUCAAAGGUCAGGCAUUCAAAGCUCACCGGGCCGUUUUGGCUGCCAGCAGCCUCUACUUUCGUGACCUCUUCAGUAGCUCCACCAAGACCCAGUUUGAGUUGCCCUCCUCAGUCACACCUGCUUGCUUUGAACAGAUCCUCACUUUCUGCUAUACAGGGAAGCUAACAAUGGCAGCUAGUGAACAGCUGGUGGUCAUGUACACAGCUGGCUACCUCCAAAUUCAGCAUAUAGUUGAAAGAGGCAUGGACCUUAUGUUCAAAGCAAACUCACCUCACUGUGACUCGCAAACAGCAGGGACCUCAGAGGAAACAGGAUCUGAGCCACAGAGCCCUUGUAAUAAUGGCAACGGCUUGGCCGUGGCCACCCUUUUGGGAACCCCAGGGUGGUCUCCAUCCCUUCUAAUGCCACAGCGUAAAAUUAAACUAGAAGGGGGUGACCCAACACCCCUGACAAUACCCUCGACACAAAGCAAGAUAUCAUCUUCAGAGCUGGGGAGUCGGCUGCUGUUCUACACAACGGCAGGAGGGGCCCCCAUCCCUGGUUUGCCUCCUUACCACCUUCAAGGGGCCAGUGGAGGUGGAACAGGAGGAGGAGCUGGAGCAGAAAGGUCCAGUCCUGGAGCAUCCAGUCUGCCCACCACUGACAGUCCUACAUCCUACCAGAACGAGGAUGAGGAGUUUGAGGAAGAGCCUUAUGAUGGGAUCACUGAGGAUGCCUACAGUCAUCUCUAUGGCCGUUCAGCUAACCCCUACGGGAUCCAGGACAAGCCAGAGAUGGCGACGGUGCCCUUGGCCUUGGAGAACCGCAACUGUGUGCUGAUCCGCAGAGACCUGGUGGCGCUGCCUGCAAGCCUCAUCAGCCAGAUAGGCUACCGCUGCCACCCUAAACUCUACACUGAGGGAGACCCUGGGGAGAAGCUGGAACUGGUAGCUGGUACACAGGUGUUCAUGACUCGAGGUCAGCUGAUGAAUUGUCAUUUAUGUGCUGGUAUCAAACACAAAGUGUUGCUCCGCCGUCUGCUGGCCACAUUCUUUGAUAGAAACACUUUAGCCAAUAGCUGUGGGACAGGUAUCCGUUCUUCUACUAGUGACCCCAGUAGGAAACCCCUGGACAGCAGGGUCCUCAACGCUGUCAAACUCUACUGUCAAAAUUUCAACCCUAACUUCAAGGAGAGUGAAAUGAAUGUGAUUGCUGCUGACAUGUGCACAAAUGCCAGGCGUGUCCGGAAGCGAUGGCUGCCCAAGAUCAAGUCCAUGCUGCCUGAUGGCAUGGAGGUGUACCGUGCAGGAAUGGGCAUGGGUGCUACUGUGGGCCUUGGCCUGGCACUGGGUGCCUCACAGCCAGGGGUAUCCCUCCCCUUUGAGCCUGACUUCAAAGCCCUAGAGCAAAGGUUGUAUCCAGAACGCAAGGACCCUCUCAGGACUCACGCGCCACUGGCCGAGGGCAGCCCCGGGUCUGUGGCUGGAGCAGAGGCUGAAGGUGAAGGUGAAGGGGUCACCCAGGAGGAACAGGAGGAAGAUGAUGACGAAGCUGGGUUAGAAGGUGUCAGCGGAUCACUGGGGGUGCCAGCUCUGAUCCCAGGAGCUGAGCCAGGCAACUGUGGUGACACACCGCCUGAGCAAGAAAUGGAAAGUUUUGGACAAGGCCUGACGGUGAAUGGGCAGUGAAUGUCCUUGUGGGCUGCCUCACACAUUGUGAAAUCUGUUUAACAUAGCAUUUUCUUUGGCUUGCUCUCUUACUCUAACAUCUCGUCCACCACUCUUUCUUCUUCUCUUCUCUGUGCUUCCUCAACAAGAAUUAUUCAGCCACCUCGUCAACAUUACUAUACAGGAAUUUGUCACACAUGCAUGCACAUGUAUGCUUGUGUACACACAUACUUACUGAUAGUGGAAGUAGACACAGGCAUGGCAUUACCCCACUGAGAAAAUGUAUUAUCUCUGCUCCUCCCUUUUCAUCAUAUAUUCAGUAUUUACUCAGAAUUUCGGCACCCGCAGCAAUAUUACAAAGGCCUUAUAGCAGAAAAAUAGCUGUAAUAAUCGUUUCAGUGCAACAUAAAAGCAACAGUUGCUUUUCUGGCAGUUUAUGGAGUGUGAUAUAAUGGUCUGUAAAAUUAUAAUAUUUUCUUGGAAUGCUGCAUCUAAAAAGAAUCCCUGUAACCUUGGGAAAAACUGUCAGAAAAACAAAACUCACUAUAAAGGCUGAGUAUUUUUCUGUGUUUGACCACGUUACAUCAUAUUGUUGUAUGAUAAGUAUGUGGCAAUAUAUAUAUAUAUAUAUAUCAAAGAUUGUUUUAUAAUUAAAGAUCAAGUACUGUAAUAAUACCAUUAAACAGAACAAGUUUAUUUUAUAUUACUGUAAAUCAGCAUGAUAAAUAAAGAUGAUGAAAGAUUUUUCUGUGAAAGCUAAAGACGUUUUCAAAAUCUAGCAAAGAAUCUAUCACAUGGAGUUGUUUUUCAUGCACAUUUGGCCAUGACAUACUUGAUUAGAUUAUCAAUGUGAUGCCUGUGUCUGCUCCAGACCGCCCUUCCCAGCCACACACACACACACACACAAGUUCGAACGUAUCCCACCUCGUGAUACUAGCCUUUAAUAUUGCACCAAUGCAUUAAAAUACAUUGUCCAAAAAAUGUAAGUGCUUUUUAACUUUGACAUAUAAUUCUGUUUUGAAGAUGUAGAGAGAGACAUAAACAAGAACAUGCACUAAAAUCUAAGCUUGCAUGCAUGCAUACAGACAAUGGAAAGAGAGAAUUAUUGAAAACAACAAACUCGCAAACCUGCAUCUAAAUAAGAAAACAGCUACUGUUGCCGUGAUAUAUGCCAUUAAUAUGCAAAAUAACUUUCUUUCUGGGGUCAGACCUCAGUCUGACACAUGUAAGAACUGACUUGGGUCUCACCCAAGAUUGACUGCAUUGUUGACAGUAUUGUUUGGAAUUUCCUUUUUUUUUUAACUGCAGAGUGUGCUGUCACCACGGGUACAGAAAACUGACUGUAUGGAGUAGUAAGAAGAAGUUCACUACAGUGAGUGGUAGAGGAAAAUAUAAAAUAUGCCACAUAGGCUACAUAGUCCUGCUCUGCUUCCAUCCUUUUUUUCCCCUGGGGUAUUGGGGGUAAAUUAUUAAAUACAUUUUAAAAGAGCUAUUUCUGGCGGCUUAUUGCACUUGCACUGAAAAAAGGUUAAAGAGUGGGAAAACAAGGAGUCUGGCAAAAUGUGACUGUAUUAAAAACUGAAAAAUUCCUCCACAUCACCCUGAAUAUUUAUUUGAGUCGGGUAUGGUGGAUUUUCAAAGAAACAAGUGGUUUUUCUGAUAAUGUCAAACAGUGAUUUAAAGCUGCAUUUGUCAUUUUCUUUUUUAAUAUCUGCU